GAGGCGGACGUCACAAACGCAGCCAGACAGGUCAGCUCGGCGGAGAGACGUAGCCUGCUAACAGUGGACGCUACAGCUAACAAACGUCGCCUUCCCCCUGAAGAAGGAAUACUAUCCUUUGACACGAGUGUAUAAAAACCUCCCGUGUGUCCGCGUUAAGAUGAAGAGGCGGAUACAUUUGAGCUUUGUGCUGGUUUACUCGCUAGUCUCGUAUUUCUCUUCGUGCUCGGCGUUUUAUCUUCCGGGUUUAGCCCCAGUGAGUUUUUGUGAAAACGGCAAAGGUGGCGAAGAUUGCCAGACAGAGAUCCAGCUUUUUGUCAACCGUUUGGACUCGGUGGAGUCGGUCCUGCCUUACGAGUAUGAUGUGUUUGACUUUUGCAAAGAUAUCAAGGAAAAGAGGCCUUCUGAGAACCUCGGGCAGGUGCUGUUUGGGGAACGAAUCGAGUCUUCGCCAUACAAGUUCAACUUCAAACAAGAUGUUCCAUGCAAAACAGUGUGCACAAAGACUUACAAGAAGGGAACCAAGGAAGAUGUAACCAAACUUGAUUUUCUGAAGAUGGGAAUGCAGCUGAACUACCAGCACCACUGGAUCAUUGACAACAUGCCGGUGACUUGGUGCUAUGAUGUGGAAGAUGGUCAGAAGUACUGCAACCCAGGCUUUCCCAUUGGCUGCCUUGUUACUGCAGAUGGCAGAGUUAAAGACGCUUGUGUUAUCAAUGCCGAGUUCAACAAAAAGAACACAUUCUAUGUCUUCAACCAUGUGGACAUCACGAUUACUUACCACAGCGGAGCAUCAGAAGGAUGGAGAGGGGCUCGGCUGGUCGCUGCCACCCUGGAGCCAAAGAGUAUCAAAAAUACAGAUGAGAAAAAUCCAACUUGUAGCGGAGGUACCCCAAUGGAGGUCCCUGGAGAGUUUGAUAAUGAUGUGUCCAUCAUUUACACCUACUCGGUCGAAUUUAAGGAAAACAAUGAAAUCAAAUGGGCCUCUAGAUGGGACUACAUCCUGGUCUCCAUGCCUCACACCAACAUCCAGUGGUUUAGUAUCAUGAACUCCUUGGUCAUUGUCCUCUUCCUGUCUGGCAUGGUUGCUAUGAUCAUGCUGAGAACCCUGCACAAGGACAUUGCCAGAUACAACCAGGUGGACCAGGCAGACUUGAUAAAGCUUCCAUCGGCCAAGGAAAAAUCUUCUCUACCCUAUGAGGACGCACAGGAGGAGUCAGGGUGGAAGCAGGUACACGGGGAUGUUUUCCGUCCCCCCAGGAAAGGCAUGUUGCUGUCUGUGUUCCUCGGACAGGGCACCCAGAUCUUCAUCAUGACCUUUAUCACACUCUUCCUGGCCUGUCUGGGUUUCCUGUCACCAGCCAACAGAGGAGCUCUCAUGACGUGUGCUGUGGUCCUUUGGGUUCUGCUGGGCACGCCUGCUGGCUAUGUGUCUGCACGCCUGUACAAAACUUUUGGAGGUGAAAAGUGGAAGACAAACGUCUUGCUGACAGCCCUCUUGUGCCCAGGUAUUGUGUUUGCAGACUUCUUCCUGAUGAACCUGAUCCUUUGGGUGGAGGGUUCCUCAGCGGCAAUCCCCUUUGGCACUCUGGUUGCCAUUCUGGCCCUGUGGUUUGGAAUAUCUGUGCCUCUCACCUUCAUUGGUGCCUACUUUGGAUUCAAGAAGGCUGCGAUUGAGCAACCAGUGCGGACAAACCAGAUCCCCCGUCAAAUUCCAGAGCAGUCGUUCUUUACAAAACCUAUUCCUGGCAUUGUAAUGGGUGGAAUUUUGCCCUUUGGCUGCAUCUUUAUCCAGCUUUUCUUCAUCCUCAACAGCAUUUGGUCUCAUCAGAUGUAUUACAUGUUCGGAUUUCUGUUCCUGGUUUUCAUUAUCCUGCUCAUCACCUGCUCUGAGGCCACAAUUCUGCUCUGCUACUUCCACCUAUGUGCUGAGGACUACCACUGGUGGUGGCGCUCCUUCCUGACCAGCGGCUUCACAGCAGUCUAUCUGUUCAUCUAUGCUGUGCACUACUUCUUCUCAAAGUUGCAAAUAAUAGGAGCUGCCAGCACCAUCCUCUACUUUGGAUACACAAUGAUUAUGGUCCUUAUCUUCUUCCUCUUCACAGGUACAAUUGGCUUCUUCGCCUGCUUCUGGUUUGUAAAUAAGAUCUACAGUGUGGUCAAGGUGGACUAGAGGACUGAGGGAAAGACUGACUGCUUGCUGUUGCAGUACUGGCUUCCUCAGUGCUGCUGUGUGAGAUAAAGAGGUCUGAGUGGACCUGAACUGAAACCAUCAGUUAUCAUCGAAAAGACCCGAAGAGCAGAGCCCGUCCUCUUUUGUGCUUUAAACUUAUGUUGCUGUUGUUUUCUCUAUAAAAAAAAAAUAUAGAAUUUUGUGUUCACUGUUGACCAGUAAUAUUUUGAAUGGCUCCUUGAAAAUCAGUGUGGAUUCCAAUGAUCUAGCUGUCGUAGUGAGCAGAUUGUUUUGAUGGGUUAACAAGAAAAGCUGAAAUGUCUUUAUUUUUGAUUUUCUAAAGAAAGUAAAAUGUUCUGUAUUUUGCUUUUCUAUUCCCUUUUUGGCUAAAUGUUGUUUUUUCAUAAUCUGUAAUGUAAUGUAAUGAUGGGGAAAAUGUGUGUACAUAUUCUGUAUAAAGAGCGUGAGUGAGAGAAUGCUACUUUAAGAUUGUCACCAUAAUUGUUUUUUUUUUGUUUGUUUUGUUUUGUUUCUUAUUUCCAAGGUAAAGAUGGGGCUAUAAAUCCUUAAAUAUCAGCCUGUAUUGUAGUACAGAACGUAUAUAAAACACUGACAUUACUAUGCUACAUGUCCAUUCUUUUGUAUUUGAUAGCUAUGUUUAAGUUUGCAUAAAAACAAGAGGUACACUUGGUUAAGAAGCACAUCUGUAUUUAUGCUACGGCUACGGUAUGUUGCACAUGAAGGAUGAUCUCUUAAUGACAUGCCUGAUUUGUCUGGCCACAGCAAAGGUUCUCACCUAGUUAUCAUAACGCAGUCCUUGAACUUACUGAUUAAGUACCCUUUAGAUUCAAAUGAGCGGUUUGCUGAAAAUUAACUACAUAAAACACUGCUGCCUUUUUGCUUCAAGCAGUGUGGAGGCAUCACCCAAGGUGAUAACAUUUUUACAAAUAAAUGCAAUUAAUUCUGAA